CAUAAUCUGAAUAUCAGAUAUCUUUUUGGUUUCACUUCAAGAUUUUUGAUUUGUAAUUGUUUGUUUAUUAUUUUUUUUCAUAUUUGAUUAUUACUCUGAAAAUUCCAAUGGGUUCAGACAAAAGAAAACAUGAUUUAGAACCAGAAAAUCAAUCUGCUUGUGACUCUACUGGCUCGACUAGUGACAGCGAAGAAGAUUCAAUCAACUCAGAGGAUGAAAUUGAGGCUAAUAAAGAAAUUAAUGUCGAUUUUGAAGCUUGUCCUAUUUUGGAACAAGAUCUAAACGGUAUCAAAAGAAUGUUGACGCAAUUGUUUCUUAAGGACAACAUCAAUUUGAAUAAGUUAAGCGAGACUUUGUUAAAUCAGAAAGAGAUUGGAGCCAUAAUUAGACAGAUCAAUCAAGAGGAAGAUGAUGAUAGUGAUGAGGAGGAUACUGAUGAAGACGAUGUUCUCGGUUUAAUUAGCUUUAUUAACCUCUCCGACGGAAAUCAUUCAAAUGCAGAAUGGUAUGGCCAACUUAUGGAGUAUUUCACCAAAUAUUUGACUGGAGAGAAAAAGUCCGAAAUUGAAAAAAUAAUCAAAGGAGAUGCAAAGAAAGCUUGGAUCAUCAACGAAAGAUUCGUUAAUUUGGGUUGGCAAUUAGCUGUUCCUUCAUUUGAACAAAUUUUUAAGGAACUCAAAGCCAGCAAAGUUGAUUUUGAAUACUACAUGUUGAUCUGUAAAAUACUUUAUCCUAAAAGACGGUAUAAAGAAAAAAAGAAAUCAAAGCAAGAUAAAGAAGAUGUAAUAUUUCUCAAUCCAGAGGAAGAAUUGCUUGAUGAAUGUGCAGAUUAUCGUUAUGAGUUUGAUGUUUCCAAUCAAUGCGAUUCAGACACAAUCGGUGGUGAUUGGGAUGAGGGAGAUCAAGAAUAUCUUCCUUGUCGUCGUGUAUUAAUUUUUUGUAAUCAAUCAUGGGUUAAAGCUAAUGAAAACCUGAAAAAACAUGCUGCUAAUCCCACCUGUAGCACUAAUAGUGCCAAAUGAAGAGUACAAACUUGUUGAAUAAAAUUAUGAAUUUCCGUAAACUCA